AUGGAAGCCCACCCCCCGACAGCGGAGUCGUCUCACAAACGGCCGAGGUCUCCCACCGCCGAUCAUGGCGUGUCCAAAAUGCCCAAGACGCACUCGAACCACCUACAGAUAAACUAUCUGGCACGGCAAUACCCUGACAACCUACCCCUCGUCUCCGUCGAUGAUACCAUGCCUGCGAUCAUCCAUCUGCUCGGCGAAUAUGACGGCGUUUUACACCGCCACGAGAGCAUCGCCGGAAAUCUGGGCGCAUGCCCGCUCGGUCCAAUCUUGAUCAAGCGAUUCGAGCGUCUGUUCGAUGGACCACCGCAAGUGUUGAAAUCCCAUGGCAAAGACGGACCUACGGUGACUUGGCUCGAUGUGGUUGAAUUCGCAAAGAGCAAGCCCGAGCAGUUCAAUCUGGAGAAGUCGCGCAAUGGUGUACGAGUUUGCCAGUUCUAUACCAAGCAGUGCCGCGUAGAAAUCAGCGAGGAGGAUUUCGUUUUGAUUGCGUCCGGUAUGCCGCAAAAGAUGAUCCCACCUCAGCCUAUCAUUGAGGACGAGGAAAAGGAGUUAGGCGCGCUGGAGAUUCUUGAGAAGAACUUGCAUCACAUAAUUCAGAUGGCCGAUCAAGUCUCUGCCCGAGCGAGACAGCUUAACCAUCGUUUGAAGAACCGCCGCAAUGCUAUUGUCACCCGACGAGAGAACGAUGCUUCUCUACAUGGGCAAUCUCGAAAUGUCACCGAAAUCUGGCGCGAUGCCAACGGUCAUGGCCCAGGAAAUGGCCAUGCAUCAUCGCACCCUUCUCCGUCUGGUUUUGUCGCUGUCAACACUCAUCGUCCUGAAGGCGAGCACACCGAAGAGAACCAGAACCCUCUAUCCACCCAAUUCAUGUUCUCACAAUCCACCGAUAAUGUCACCAUGAUCAACGGACAAUCGAUCAAAGGUGCCUCCCCAACAACCCGUGCAGACUUGAUGAAGAGGUUUUUCACAACAGCUGACCGCCACGCCCGCGGCUAUGAUGAUGCAACAGCCCCCGUCAACCCCCAACCACUCCCCCGGCCUCGUGCCUCCGACCCAGCAGACUACAGUCUCUACAAUCCUGUAACGGUAACGGCAACGGCAACGCCAGCCGCAACCGCAACCACAACCCCGACCACAACCGCAGUCGCCAUCCCAAGCACCCCAUCAUCCCUCCUCCCGCCGCCAAAAUCAAUCCACCAAGAAAAAGACGACGGAGGCCCCUUCAAGCUAGAAAUGAUAGCCCGCAUGGAGGAGCUCCAGCGCGGCGAGCGCGUAAUCCCACCCUGCGAUCGCUGUCGUCGUCUCCACAUGGACUGUCUCAAGAACCUCACAGCCUGCGUUGGUUGCACAAAGAAACACGCCAAGUGCUCCUGGCGCGACGUCAAAGAAGAUGAAGUUAUCGCAAUGCGGGCGGGAAUAACCACAUCAACGACAUCCCACGAGCGUCCCGACAACGACCGCUCCAGCGCAAAUCUCACUCCACCCCAGUUCGGUAUGGGUCCACUACCCCCGAUCUCCGCUGAGCGUGAACAUCCCCGCGAGCCACCCUUCGAGCCAGAGAUGAAAGCCUACUACUAUCACAACCGACGCGAGUCGGCCCCCUCCGCCCCGAACCUGGCUCCUGGGUCUACGGUUCCGAUGGAGCUUCCUUCAAGUGAUAAUUCCCCACGACGGGCAGCGAGUGAGACGGAGAAGAGGGACCGUCCUCGUUUCCCUCCAGGUCGUGUCUUUGAUCGUUCCGAGGAUGAUGAUCCCGAUGCCAACCAGCGGCUCAGGCAGGCUAUUUUGGAUACCGUUGAUCAUCACACCCGUGUUGCUGCCGCUGUGCAGGAAAGGGAGCGUGGUGCGGAGCGCGCCGGGGAACAUCAAGCUAUUGUUCUCCCGGCUCCAAACCCGGCUCCAGGUUCUGGUGGUGCUUAUGACCGAGAACGAGAGCGUGAACGUGAACGUGAGCGGGAGGCUGAUCGCGACCGUGACCGGCGUAUGGUGCAUGCGUAA